AUGAAGAGUUUAAGGUUCUAUUUCUGUUUCUUGGUUCUGUAUGCAAGCAUUAGUUUCCCAACCAAAUGUUUUAGUAACAUCUGCCUGCCAAAGGAUCAUGUUGCCUUCUUCAUCUUCGGGGAUUCAAUAGUAGAUGUUGGAAACAAUAACUAUAUCACAACUAAUCUCCAGGCAAAUUUUUUGCCUUAUGGGGAAACCUUCUUCAAGUACCCUACUGGGAGAGCUUCCAAUGGCCGUCUCAUUCCAGAUUUCAUUGCUGAGAGAGCAAACUUGCCUCUAAUUCAACCAUAUUUAUAUCCGGGUUAUGAUCAGUACAUUGAUGGGGCUAACUUUGCAUCAAUAGGAGCUGGCGUGAUAGACCUGAACACUCAACUCAAUUAUUUCAAGAACAUGGAGACUCUGUUAAAGCAUAAACUAGGUGAAGAAGAAGCCAAGACAUUGCUGGUCAAAGCUGUUUACUUAAUAUGCAUUGGAAACAACGAUUACUUUGUCCCCUUCACUACAAACUCCAGCGUCCUUAAAUCCUACUCUUCAGAAAAAUACGUAGAUAUGGUGAUUGGAAACUUGACAACUGCGAUCAAAGAAAUAUACAAGAAAGGAGGAAGAAAAUACGUGUUCCUAGGCUUGCCACCUUUGGGUUGUGUCCCAUAUAUAAAAGCACUAAUACCAGAAAACACAGGUGCAUGCAUGGAGGAGCUUACAACACUAGUAAAACUACACAAUAGAGCACUUUCUAAAGCCCUUUCGAAGCUAGAGAGCCAACUCAAAGGAUUCAAAUAUUCACUGGCCGAUUUCUAUUCAUUUUGUACUGAAAGAAUAAAUACUCCGUCAAAAUAUGGCUUUACGGAAGGGAAGAUUUCAUGUUGCGGAAGUGGUCCAUAUAGGGGAAUUCCAAGUUGUGGAGAAAGAUCCAAUGAGUACGAAUUAUGUGAGAAAGUUAGUGACUUUUUGUUUUUUGACUCUGUUCAUCCUACCGAAAAGGCCUACCAACAAUUUGCAGAGUUAAUUUGGAGUGGAACUCCCAAUAUCACAGGUCCUUACAAUCUCAAAGCAUUGUUUGAACACUGA